UGCUUAACGCCUCUCCCAGAGGAGCCUCCACCCCCACACACUCUUGGCGUUUCUCAUUCUCAUCAAAAACCAAACAGAUUUUUUUUUCUCUCUCUCUCUCUAGCUUUCUCUCACUACCUUCUUAAUGGAGAGUCCUCAUUCGCUCUCUCCCUCUUCCUCGUCCUCCUACUCCUCCGACGGCGUCGGCUUCGAGACGGAGGAGCCGCGGACGCCGCUGGCCGUGCGCCGCGCGCUGCAGCUCCUCAGCUCCGGCGACCCCGACCUCCGACUCCAAGCCGCGCGCGACAUACGCCGCCUCACCAAGACGUCCCACCGCUGUCGCCGACAGCUCGCCGAGGCUGUCGGUCCGCUCGUUUCCAUGCUCCGAGUCGACUCGCCCGAGUCCCACGAACCCGCUCUCCUCGCCUUGCUCAACCUCGCCGUCAAAGACGAAAAGAAUAAAAUCAGUAUCGUGGAGGCCGGUGCAUUGGAACCUAUAAUUAGUUUCCUCAAAUCUCAACAUCAAAAUCUGCAGGAGUCUGCAACUGCAUCUUUGCUCACACUAUCUGCCUCUUCAACCAACAAACCAAUUAUUAGUGCUUGUGGUGCCAUUCCUCUUCUUGUGGAGAUCCUUAGGGAUGGAAGCCCCCAAGCUAAAGCUGAUGCAGUAAUGGCUCUCUCUAAUUUAUCAACAUACCCUAAUAAUCUCGGCAUCAUUCUUGAGACAAACCCAAUCCCUUUCAUAGUUGAUCUUAUUAAAACCUGUAAAAAAUCCUCAAAAACAGCUGAAAAAUGCUGUGCUUUGAUAGAAUCCUUGGUGGAGUAUGAUGAGGGAAGAACUGCCUUGACAUCGGAAGAAGGCGGGGUUCUUGCAGUUGUGGAAGUCCUGGAAAGCGGCACUCUUCAAAGUAGGGAGCAUGCGGUUGGAGCACUGUUGACAAUGUGCCAAAGUGAUCGAUGUAAAUACAGGGAACCAAUUCUUAGAGAAGGUGUCAUUCCAGGACUUCUAGAACUUACUGUUCAAGGAACACCCAAGUCUCAAACAAAAGCACGUACCCUCUUGCAGUUACUGAGAGAGUCUCCUUAUCCGAGAUCUGAAAUUCAACCUGACACGCUUGAGAAUAUAGUAUGCAACAUCAUAUCCCAGAUUGAUGGGGAUGAUCAAUCUGGUAAAGCUAAGAAGAUGCUUGCUGAGAUGGUCCAAGUCAGCAUGGAACAGAGUCUGAGACAUUUACAGCAGAGGGCUCUCGUAUGCACACCAAGCGAUCUUCCUAUAGCUGGCUGUGCUUCUGAAGUUUCUUCAAAAUGAUAGUUGCCGCUGGCCAAAUCUGUCUAUUUUUUUUUUGGUCUUUUCACUUGGGUUUGUGAGAUAAACUUCCAUAGUAAACAAAAAAGGCAAAAAAAAAAAGGAAUAAUACAUAGUGAGUAUGCCAGUCCAGGCCGAUGUGGAGGUAUCGAGUGACUGGUAAUUGUCAAUAAAGUAAGUUCUCAAUGGUAAAGGGCAUGAUUUUGUAGUUGGUUUGUAAAGAAGCUGUUGUAUAAAAUGACAUACAAGUAGUAAAAGCUCUUUAUCCAAAUUUCUUCCUCUUUUC